AUGGGGCGGAAGGAGCGGGCCGACCGAGUGGAAGGCGGCAGCCCGAGUCACAACACGUCGCUGCUCCAUCAGAAGCUGCAGCGGAGGCGACGGACGAGGAGGAGGAGCUUCUUCGACGCGGCGGAGGAUAGCGCCAGUGAGCCGGACUCGAGUCGCAGCGGCGGGGCGCCCUGGAACCAGCCCGAGGGCCGUUUUGAACCGUGCGGCGCGCUCCGCCUGCUCGAGACCGGCGAGCGCAUGUACAUCCCGGUGACGCAGGACGUGGCGCCGGUGACGGAGGACCGGCAGCAGGAGCAGUCGGAGGUGCUGGUCAGCCUGGGCACCGACGCCGAGGGUGCGCAGCUGCGGGCGCGCAUGAUGGGCGCGUCGCUCACCUCCGACAUGGAGUCUUUCAAGGCCGCCAACCCGGGCAGCACGCUGGCCGACUUCGUGCGCUGGUACUCGCCCAGCGACUGGGUGCAGGAUGAGACGGACCCGUCGGGCCAGACAGGCGAGCUGAGCGCGCGCAUGCGCAUCAAGGACAACCUGUGGCAGGAGGCGUGGGCCACCUGCAAGCCGGUGCCGGCGCGGCGCCAGCGGCGGCUGUUCGACGAGACGCGCGAGGCUGAGCGGCUGCUGCACCAGCUGUCGGAGCCGGCGCCCGGCCGCCUGCUGCAGCUGCUGGCGCCUGUCAUCUACCACGCUGCCAUCUAUAGGUUGGUGGAAGAAUUGGAGCCUGAUGACCUUGCCGCGGUGGGGCAGCAGCUGGGAGAGGCGGCCCGCCGUCUGCAGUCGGCCGCCAAGGCUGACUGGGAGGCCAGCGCCUAUAGCGCGGUGGGUGAGCUGCUGGCCCGGUGUGAGCAUCACGUGCUGAGGCGCCGCUCGCUGGUGCUGAAGCUGGAGGGCGUCCAGGACAAGGACAAGUUUGUGCAGCAGCUGAUAGGUGGCGCUGAGGUGGCGGUGCCGGGCGGUGCCAACGGAGGUGCUGCCCGCCAUCUCGAGAAGAUGCUGACUGCCAGACAGCCGGACCAGGGCCUGCCGCCGCCCGUCACCAAGGAGUACAUCCUGCGCGUGACGUGCGCCCGUCCAGGGCCCGGCUCGCGGCCGCUGGCGCAGCGGCUGCGCUGCCUCAUCUCCGACCAGCUCUUCCGCGUGACGGCCUCGCUCAGCCAGGACACCAUGUUCAGCUAG